AUGGCGGCGGCGGAGGAGGCGGCGGGAGGAGGAGGAGGUGGUGGAUCGUCGCCGGGGAAGAGGCCGGUGAUGGUGGUGGGGAUCGACGACAGCGAGCACAGCUACUACGCGCUGGAGUGGACGCUGCAGCACUUCUUCGCGCCGGGGCAGCCGCAGCAGUACCGCCUCGCCGUGCUCACCGCCAAGCCGCCCGCGUCCUCCGUCAUCGGCAUCGCCGGCAUCGGCGCGGCCGAGCUCCUGCCGACCGUCGAGGCCGACCUCAAGCGCACCGCCGCCAGGGUCAUGGACAGGGCCAAGGGCCUCUGCGCCGAGCAGGUGGCCGACGUCAGCUACGAAGCCAUCGAGGGAGACGCCAGGGGCGUGAUCUGCGAGGCGGUCGACCGGCACCACGCCGAGAUCCUGGUCAUCGGCUGCCAUGGCUACAGCAAGUGGAAGAGGGCUGUUCUUGGAAGUGUGAGCGACUACUGCACCCACCACGCGCACUGCACCGUCAUGGUCGUCAAGAGGCCAAAGCACAAUCACUGACCGACUGACGACGGCGUUCUCUCCUCCUGGUGGGUGAUGCUCCAGGCCGGCUCUGCAACAGAACAGAAAUGAAACGGGGUCGUCUUCUCGUUUCGCUUUCAUUCAUAGGGGUGUAGUGAUCUUAUUCCAGCAGCACAUUUAAAGAUCCUAAUUAGAGUAGUUUGUCG